AAGGAAGGGGGGCUUAUCGACGGUUCUGAGUAUACAGUUGGACAAUCGGUACCACGUGACCGUUUUCCUGGCUCGCCUUUGUGGCACAAAUCGUGAUUUUCGAGUUUCUCUAUGGACAAUAAUGGGAGAAAACUGACAAAGACGCAUAUUUACGAGGCUUAAACGGAUGUAUUCUACUGUCUUGUGGUGUGGUUCUUUCGCAUUUCCGGGAAGAUAGGAGACGCCGCCGUUGUUUUUAGGACGGGUUUUGUUUAUCACAUCUCAAUUUGGUUGGUGAGUAGUUUAUUGAGCCGUCAGAGAUGAGUGGUCCCGAGGUAGCGAAGACGCCGGGGGGCAGGGUGCCGGGGAAGGAAGGCAUGGAGGCUGUAGCCAAUGGCCAUGCAGGAGAGGGUGAACAGGGAGGAGACGAUCCCUUCGCUGAGUACAUGUGGAUGGAGAACGAGGAUGCGUACAACAGACAGGUUGAAGAGGAAUUGUUGGAGCAGGAGUUCUUGGAGCGUUGUUUCCAGGAGAUGUUAGAUGAGGAGGACCAGGAUUGGUUCAUCCCGGCCAGAGACCUCCCCUCAGGGAUGGGGCAGCUCCAGCAACAGCUCAACGGCUUGUCAGUCAAUGACAGAGGAAACGCGGAGGAGAUGGCGAGGAAAAGCAACUUGAACCCUGAUGCGAAGGAGUUCGUUCCGGGAGUGAAAUACUAGGAGUCCCCCUCAACCCCAUGGAGCACGAACAUUCACGCUCACAUAACCUUGCAGAGACUCUGGCGGCCUUGACCGCAAAACACACACUGGUCCAGGGUGUGUAGGUAGAAACCUGUAAGGGGGUGGGGGGACUUCUUUUCUUUAAGAUUUGUAUUUUAUUUGUUUCAACUUGUAAUCUAAAGGACAGGGGCGGGAUAUCAGUAUCAACAGAGCCCUACAGAGGGCGCUGCUGCUGCAUUUACAUUCGAGGAUGUAUCCCAAAUAGUACCCUAUUAUGUAGUGCACUACUUUUGACCAGGGCCCAGAUUCACAAAACAUUUCUAAAUGCAAAAACUUACAAACUAGCUUGUUUUUAUUCUUAAGUGUAUUAUCUUAAGAUUUAAUGAUUUUCUUAUGAACUUCUCAAUCUUCUUAAGAUGCUUGUUGCUAGGCAACCGAUUUAGCAAGCAAUGGCAAUCAUGUUAGCAUAUUUAUUACUGUUCUAAAACUUGGGUUUAAAAUUAUCAAUACUGAAACUUUUAGAUGACGUUUGUGUGAAUUAAACAUGUUCAAUUGCUUUUUUACAUAUUUCUUUUUUUAGAACAUUUCCAAUAACCUUUUUGAGGAAUAGCAACUUUGCUUAACUUUCUUCUUAACUACCAUUUUGUUCCUUAAGACUUUUCUUCUUAAAUCUAUAUUUAAGGUUUUGUGAAUCUGGUCCCAGGGCCUACCAUAGUUGGCCCAGGGCCCUAACGUUGUGGGCCCUGAUCUAAAGUAGUGCACUCCAUAAGAAAACGGGUGCUUUUUCGUACAUAUACAGAGAAAUUGCAAACUCUUGAGAUUUUCCAACUUUAUUUUUUACUUGUCAUGGUUGCCAUGUUGGCACCUAAAAGUUCCAUGUGAAUACAACAAGCGAAUUGCAAAUGAUACCCUGUUCCACUAUAGAGUGCACUACCUUGUAAAAAUAGGGUGCCAUUUUGAGAUCUGCAUUUAUACGUUUCAUGGCGGCCUUGUUGGUGCCAGAAUGUUCCACAACGUUACCAUUCUAAUUGGAAUCCAACUACGAAUGUAAUUAUUGUUAACGAACGACGACUGGAGCCAACGUGGACGACACGGUUGGCCGUUCUAGAUUUCUGUAACUACGUACCUCUGGUCACAAUAUGACAUUACUCUUCUGUCUCAUUUCCCGUUAUGACAUCAUCAUCAUACAGACUCACUCUGCGUAGAGCUGUUUUUAUUUCUCAUGGGCCUGGUUCCAAACCAAUUAUUCAUAUUUCCUAUCCCCUACACCCUUUAAACUCAACUCUUGACCUCGAAGCCAGUUCAGCUGCAUUUAAAAAAAAUCUUUCCCUCUAAUCAGGGACUGAUUUUAGAACUGGGACACCAGGUGAGUGCAAUUAAUUAUCAGGUAGAACAGAAAACCAGCAGACUCUGACCCUCGUAUGGUAAGAGUUGAAUACACCUGCCCUAUUGUUCACUCCCUCCUUGUGGGUGAAAAAGUUUAAGUUUUAUUCCCCAUAGGCUGCGUUUACACAGUCACCCGAAUUCUGGUAUUUUUUUCCCCAGUAAUUGGUCUUUUGACCAAUCACAUCAGAUCUUUUCCAAUCAAAUAUUUUUCAGAGUUGUUCUGAUUGGUCAGAAGACCAAUUAGUGAAAAAAAUAUCAGAAUUGGGCUGCCUGUACAAACGCUGCAAUAUAGUCUUACUUUUAAUCAGAACCUGGAGUCCUGAUCUAAAGAUGUGCAUAAUUUGAGGUGUCACGUGAUGGGGAACCAGAGUGCAUGGGUUAGGGUAUUGGUGUUUGGUUUGUAACUAGGCCGUUCCCUGUUAUGCGUCUCAAAUGGCACCCUAUUCCCUUUAUAGUGCACUACUUUUGACCUGUGCUCUGGUCAAAAGUAGUGCACUCAAUGGGGAAUAGGGUGCCAUUGCCUCUCGCAGUACUGAAGGAAUGGAAGCAAUCAUGUUGAACUUUGUUGGAUCAAUAAUGUUGAUCAAUACAUUAUCAGGUUUAUCUGUUAAUCAAUCUCUUGUUUUUAGAGGAACAAGGUGUUUGUCUCUUGGGUUGCCGUAGCUUGUGGUCAAAACGGGAAUGGAGGUGUCCCCCAAAUAGCACCCUAUGCCCUUUAAAAAAAUGUGUUUAUAACCUUUAUUUAACUAGGGCCCAUAGCACUCCCUAUGAGCUCUCAAAGGGUCCUGGUUAAAAGUGGUGCACUACAUAGGCAGUUGGGUACCAUUUAUGAAUCACACUAAUCUUAACUGUUAUGGUGGGGGGGGGGGGGUGCUAGAUUAGUGUCUAGGGGAGGUUUAAAAUGAAUGGGUGGGACUUGAGCGAGGGUUGACUAACCACAGGCCACGUGCACCCUGGGUCAACCAAUAGGAAUUGUCUGCCAGUUGGAUUUACAUGAAAAUAAUGGAUUUUGAGUUGGAAAAAGUCCCAACGACCCAAAGUACGAAUUUCAAUACAACAAGAUGAAUAAAAAUGUGAAACUGCA